CACAGCAGCAAACCCCCAGUCAAACAGCUGUCAGUGACUACCUUAGACAAGGGUUAUCAAUUUGAUCAAAAAUGCAAAAGAUCAAAGAGAGAGAAGAGAAGCCGUAAAAACAAACCAGUCUUUUUGAAGCAACAUUCCCGUCCAGCUUCCGGAUCUUGCCAAGGCGCCUAGCUACAUGUAUACAUGUGAUCCUGCGCAUAAACCCAAUCCCUGCUCCCGAGCUGAACGGGCAAAAUCAACAAACAUGUGACGGCUAAUCGGAAGCGAAUCGCAUGAACUGCGCAUGAUGCAGGGGAGCCUAAUGCCUAAUUUCCUCAUGGCCAGCUCGUGGUGGUGCUUCCUGCGAACCCAAACUGUUCCGAUGCUUCACCAUAGGCUGAGCUGAGUUGUGCUCUGCAUCACAACCAAAACCCGCGGCAAAAUAGCCCCGGAACAUCGUCGACGAUGCCAAACGCCAUCAUCAGCUGGUUCCGGCGCCGACGCGUCGCAAGAAGCAGCAAGAAGCAACGAGGCACCGUCUCGCUGUCCACAAGGCUGAUAAUAGAAGCUCCUCCGAUCCCGCCUCACCCAACGCUGCCCUCUCAGCGCAGAGGACGGCUCACGCCCGCCCCGUCCCACGAGAGCCUCAUCGCCGCCUCCAAUGCCGCCACCGCAAACAGCUCCUUCUUCACCAAGCUGCCCGUGGAGAUUCGGCGCAAGAUUUUGAUAGAAGCCUUUGGCGGCCAGACGAUUCACAUGGACCUAAUUUACGACCACCCGCCGCAGCCUCCAGAAGCGCAGACCGAAGAGAUGAUUAAGAAAAAUGGCCGGUUCCGAGCGCAUGGAAACUUCAAUGUCAACGUCCACGGUGUUCCCACAUGCGAUGAGAGAAAUCUUAGGCUGGACGACUCACAACCAAAGAGAUGGGCCUGGCGAAGCUCCGUCUGCCAUCGAAACGGACCAGCCCGUUGUCGUCCCGAAGACGAGGUCCAACCUGGGGAGGAUUACUGUCGAUUUGGCCAGUCACCAUGGCACGCGAUCUGUCUUUGCUGGCCUGGAGAGUUCCCAACAAAGUGCCAAGUAGGAGCGAUGGGAUGGCUUUGCAGUUGUCGUAAAGCAUAUCUCGAGGGCAUUGAUGUCUUAUACUCCACAAACACAAUCCACACAGCCAGCAAGGAAAUGAUCCUCAGCCUCACCUCCAUCCUCCUCCCGCAGCGCCUCUCAAGCAUCACAUCAGUGGAGCUCCUGUGGGACUUUGCGCCGUUCCCCAGCAUCCACCCCGAAGUCGUCAAGCCGCCGCUCUCAGACAUGGCCAGCUUCCGCGCAUUCCUCGACGCCAUCCCGACCACGUUUCCCGCCUUGAGAAAGGUGCACAUCUCCCUCCAAGGACACAUAUACCCGACGAAGACGAUCAACGGCUCCACCAGCUGGGACAACAACAUCGACAGGGUCGACGAGAUCUUGCAUCCCGUGGACGACUUCGUCUUGGGGUUAGAGCCGGACGUAAGACGGAGCUUUUCGCUCGGCAUCCCGAGCUCGCUGUAUAGGAGCCAGAGAGAUAGGGCCCUCCAGAACAAUGACCCGGUAGAGCAGGCUCACCGCGGUCAGUAUGAGCGACACUGGAGGCCGCUCAAGGGCUCUGGGGAUGGUGGAGGGUAUUGGGUGUGUCUAGGCAACAAGGAUUUGACCAUGCCGUUUAUCUGCACGAUGGGAGAAGGCGGCUAUAAGGGCAUUAUAGGGGAGGACAACUGGGUGUUUUACAGCUUCUAGCCUUGGUAGAGUUCUUGAGAGUUGGUUAUACCAUUUGAUUUAUACGCGUAUAUAUGUAUAUCUGUUCCGCGCACAUGUCGUGUAAGCUAUUAUUAGUCCCGUCUUGUUUUGAGUUACCCUACGACAAAGAUUCCCGAUCUGAUCUUAGAUCUUGUGCUUGUUACACUAUCAGAGUUUACAUGUUCAGCCAC